ACGCCAUUGUACAAUUUUAUACACAAAAACCAGAAGGACAGGAUAAGCUACGCAUUUGUGAAAUGGGACGUCACAAAAACGCCGCACAGGAAGCCAUUAUGAUAAACUUCACGCAACAGUACCCCGGAAUUGCGUGUGGUACGAUUCAGUGCAAACAAAAGCGGAACGCGUUAUGGGAAGCUCUUGCAGAAAAGCUGAAUAACCGGGGACCACCAAAGAAACCAAUGCAGCGGUGGAAGAAGGUUUGGAUAGAUUGGCGCGCAGCAGUAAGAAGAAAGAUCAUGUUUGAAAAAAUUGAAGCCAACGCAUCAGUCGCACAGGACGACGAAACAUUAUAUAAAAAGACUUCAUUAUCGCCUGCCGAAGGUGAAUUAGCUCGUAUAUGUAAGCUUUUUGAAGCUGAUGUCGACGUUGAUAACAGCUCAGACGUGCAAGAAGAUUCGAGUCCGAUAUCUGAGGGCACCGCCACAAUUGUCAAAGACGAGUUAGUGUUCGACGAGGAAGAUGAUGAAAAUUCAAAAGAUUAUGAUGUUGCUGUUGCAGCUUGUGAGGAUAGAAGUAAUGAGAAGUCCACAGAGGCUGAAAACAUAAGUGUGCGAGAUUUCGCUCAAUGUCCAACUUCAAGUGGACUAAACAUUAAAGUAGAUAGUAGUGAGGAUAAGGUUGAAAUUAAAAAGCGCAAAAUUGAUGCAACAGCAACGGAAGAAAGUGAUGACUUAAUCAAGAUUUUAAGACAGCAAGUAACUGUGAUAAGUACGAUUACGAAGUUUCUUGCAGAAAACGUCAAUUUGCAAACCGAAAAUUUCCGGGUUAUGAAUGAAAUAAGACAGGGCCUAAAGGAAGUUUGUAUGUCAAUAAAAACACUCAGUGACGUUACGAAUGAUAAUCUAAAGGAGCAACGCCGACACAACUAUGAAAUAGAGAAGCUGCAAAGAGAAGAGGUCUUAUUAACAAAACAACAACUAGAACUGGAAGAAUUGAAGGUAUUUGGAAAUAGAAUGCACGAGUAAUUUCUACAGUAUUUUGAUAAAUUCUUCUAACUUUCUCUAAGUCAUAAGUCUGGAUUUUCAUUUUUUUCAUUAUUUCGGCAAUAUGAAUAGUCUUUGCCUUACUAUGUAUGUAUUUAAUUUUCAUUUAAAGUUACGAAUGUUGACAUCAUUCCCAUUAAGUCGUAUUAAUUUUAAUGAAAUAAAAUAGAAAUUUUACAUAUAAUCUUAUGUUUAAGGCAGUAUCUGGUUGAAAGGACAAUGCGAUUCUGCUCUAUUAUAGGUGAAUAUAUAUUGUUAAAUAUACUGAAUGUUGUAGCAGAAAGGCGCAGCAUCAAAGUUCGCAUAAGAAUCAAUUUUAAGUCCAAAACAACAUACCAGCAUUAUUAAUUUUUUAUUAUUUUAUAAUUUAAAGUUAUACUGUUAAGUUUGGUAACGCAAUGAAAAUCGAAGGUUCCUUUCCUUCUCUUUUUUUAAGAAUAUGCCGUCGUUUAAGAGUGCAAAACCGUGAACCGUGGUUCUACAAAAGAGAAAAAGUAAUACAGUUUUCACUCUAGGUAAAAUUUGAGCAACCUCACAUAUGAUGUCUUGCAUUAUUUUGAUACGCGGCUUUGUACUAUAAACGCCGAUAUUUUAAUUCAAUUUUUAUGAACAUACAUACAUAUGUAUGUACCCACAUAGGCAAAAAUGUUCGUCAUUUAUAAAUGCAAAUUUUUUUUUAGAUUUUUCAGAUAUAUUAUAAUGCAUUAGGUCCAUU